ACUUUAUCAGGUGUGGUCGUGGUGAGUCAGAAAUUUUGAUAGAUUAGCAAUAGAAUAAUAAAAUUGAUUGCUUAUCAAUAAGAUAUCUUAAAAUUACGCUAGAGUAACACGAUUGGUAAAAAUGAGCCUUUGGACCAUAAUUGAUGGCUCAAUUUCCAUUUAAAGUAAGUUUUUGAUCGUUUGUAAACAAUACUUUUUUUCCUUUACAAUACAGUGAGGACAAAAUGUAGUUGAUUUAUCAUUCAAACAUAAAAUAUCGCUUAACAUUUCAACUGUGUACGAAUAUUCUUUACUAUUUCAGUAAUUCUAUUUAAAAAUAUACACAAAUCAAAAUUGUUUUCGCUAUGAAUGGAGCUGCUUUAGUACAAACGCCUGUUACCCUUACUCGUAUGCGCUGGACGCGUAAACAAAUUAUGGAAGAUGAAUAUUUAUCGAAUACAACCUGGUAUAUACCCUUACCACCUGAGGACGGACUGCAGUUCUUUAGGGAAGAGAAGUCAGCCGAUGCUGUUUUUGAUGUUUUCUUCAAAAAGGUGCAAUACGCAGCCAGGGUUCAAACAUUUCCAAGAUCUCAGAAAUCGACAACACUAAUUCUAGAGACCGCUGACGACUGUGACACGGAAGGUUUGCAAUGGCGUCUGCAGGAAAUACAUGUGAUAAAAGCCGGAACAAUUCAAAAAAUUGUCGAAUGUAUUACGGAAAAAGACGGCGAGAUGAACUGCCCACACGUUAACGUAGUUUUGGACACAUACAGGUCAUUUACCACUGCUGAAGAAUUGUUAGAGAAAGUAAUAGAACGAUACAGAAUAGUCUCAGCUGAUUCUACGAUUAAAGAAACAGUAAAGGAGACUACACUUAAAACCCUGCGAACAUUUUUAGGUGUUUGGCUUAAUGCACAUCCUUAUGACUUUAAUACUCCACCCUUUAAAUUAUUACUUAAAUUACAAGAAUUUUGCAAAAUAACCCUGGGAAAUCAAAUGGAUCUGACAACACGUGUUCAAGGAAGGUUAGAACGUUGCUUACAUCAAGAAUCUGGUGACUCUCUUAGCAUGGAUUCGUCUAGUUCAGACUUUGAGGAGGAUUCUCGUUCAAGGCGUGGAUUUCCGCGUACAGUGUCAUUCCACGGACUCAGCCAUCCUUUGCGGUUUGAGGAUAUACCUAAUGAAGUUUUUGCUAAACAAAUUACUAGCGAAGAUGCAAGACUAUUUAAAGCAGUAAUAAGGCAUCAGUGUCUGCCUUGUAACUGGAGUAAAAGAACAAAAACUGCUGAUAACCCUUCAUCAACUGUUUCAGCCACUGUUGAACACUUUAAUCUCGUUGCCAUGGCCGUAUACUCGACUGUUUUGAAUGAUCCGAAAUUAAGCUCCAAAUUGAGAGGUAAGAGAAUUGAGAAAUGGAUUGAAAUAGCAAGUGAAUUGAGGAUAUUGAAAAACUUUUCUAGUACUUUAGCUGUCAUAUCCGGGCUGAAGGUAGAAAGUGUUUACCGACUAAAAUCAGUCUGGAAACAUGUCAGUAAAGAAUCUAAACAAGUUUUUGAUGAAUUAAACUCUGUUUUCUCAACUGAUUCUAGAGAAAUAACCUUUAAAUAUCUUAUUCAAAAAGAAGGUACAGCAAAAGGUAUUGAUGCCAAUUCAAUUGGUAUAAGUCAACGAAUAAAGAAUAAUACAAAGAGAAGAAUAGAUGACCCAGAUUCAGCUUAUGGGAGUGUUCCCUUUUUCGGGUCUUUCCUAAGAGAUUUCAUACAUUUAAGCGAAAGUAUGGAAGACUACGUUGAAGGUGGUCUAAUUAAUUUCGAAAAGCGCAGAAGAGAAGCAGAAAUGCUUGCUCAAAUUAAACUUAUGCAAGUUUCCGCUGGUAACUACAAUUUCGAGAGGGAUCCUGUUUUUCAUGAAUGGUUUUAUCAACAUAUCAGACGAUAUUCGGAUAAGGAGUCUUUCCAAAUGUCGCUAGAAAUUGACCCAAUCAAACAUAAGCGUAGUAAAAGUAGAGCCAUUUUUACAAGCCGUCAAUUAAGCAAGGCUUCAUCCCUAAAUUCUUCAAAUCCAUCACUUUUUAGAACUCUCGAAAAUGGUACUGUUAACGGAAAUGGAUCAACAUUGUCAACCCCUGUAGCAACCUUAAAUAGAUCAAUAUCGGUUGGUAAUUUAGCAGAGUCUGAUGGCACUAUAGUUGCUAAAGUAAUCUUGGAUAGCCGAAUUAUGGACAAGACGGUCUUUUACAAAAGUAUUCGUAUAUAUAAUGACGAUAGAAUAAGAACCGUUCUUGAAAGAAUUUUUGAUAAGUUUUCCAGACCAGAUUUAAUGGAGAAAGUAGAGAAAUUCUGUUUGUCACAGGUGCUAGAUAAUGGAGGAGAAUACGAUUUCGUCGAUACUAACGAAAUAAAGACCAAUGUUUUCUAUGCAAUCAACGCUAAUCAGGCUGAAGUAAAACUAGUCGUUCGACGGCACGCCGACGUCAAACAUUCUCGCAACGAUCCACGCUACCGGAAAAGAAAUAGGCGUAAAUAUUUCCCAACUUAUUUUCAUUAA